CAAGGCCAGGGGGAAUUCGCUGUGGCAGGAGCCGGGGCGUAGGGGGCGAUGUUACGUAUCCCCAGCAGAGCCGCCCUGUGGCUGUUGGUAUCCCCCGCGCCGAGGCUUUUUCUGGUUAGGACUACAUUUCCCAGAGGCCCCCGCGAGCACUGGGCCCCUGGCGCCUUUGUGUCCUCCGGAGGCCGAGUCGCUUAUUUCCAGGCCCGCGGAGGCUGAGUUCCUUCAGAUUCAGGGCAGGAGGUGGGCCCGAGAGGAGGUUGCCGGAGCCUUCCGGGCUGGGACCCGAUCUUCCGGCAGUUCAGUUCUGCAGGUAGGAAGUGGGUUGAGGAGUGGCCUGUGGGUCACCCAGACGUCGGUCCUGGGCCUUUUCUGUGACUCUUCGUGUGAGAAGGGCUGUGCCAUUUCUCAAGUGAAGAGCCAAGGGGAGGAAAGAAUGGCUGUUGGACUUCUUAAAGCCAUGUACCAGGAGUUGGUGACCUUCAGAGAUGUAGCUGUAGACUUCUCCCAAGAGGAGUGGGAUUGUCUAAAUUCUUCUCAAAGGCAUCUGUACAGUAAUGUGAUGUUGGAGAAUUACAGGAUCUUAGUAUCACUGGGACUUUGUUUUUCUAAACCAAGUGUGAUAUUGUUGUUGGAACAAGGGAAGGAGCCCUGGAAAGUGAAGAGAGAGUUGACAAGAGGUUCGUACUCAGAUUGGGAAUCUAUGUGUGAGACUAAAGAGAUGACCCCAAAGCAUGAUAUUUAUGAAGCACAAUCAUCUCAGAAGGUAAUAGAAAAACUUACAAGUUGUGGCCUUGAAUACUCCAGUUUGAAAGAAGAAUGGAAAUGUGAAGGCCAUUUUGAGAGGCAACCAGUGAAUCAGAAGGCAUGUUUCAAGGAAGAGACAAUCACUCAUGAAGAAACCUCUGUUGAUGAGAGAGGACAAGAAUAUAACAAAACUUGGGGAAGUUUUCAUCCCAGCACACUACUUCAUACACAACAGAUAAUCCCCAAAGAGGAGAAAGUACAUAAACAUAACACACAGAAAAGCUUUAAAAAAAAAUUAAUGGCCAUUAAGUCCAAGGGUAUUUUUACAGAGAAGAAACUUCUGAAGUGUAAUGACUGUGAAAAAGUCUUCAGCCAGAGCUCAUCCCUUACUCUUCAUCAAAGAAUUCAUACUGGAGAGAAGCCCUAUAAAUGUGUAGAAUGUGGGAAAGCCUUUAGCCAGAGAUCAAAUCUUGUUCAGCAUCAAAGGAUUCAUACUGGAGAGAAACCCUAUGAAUGUAAAGAAUGUAGAAAAGCCUUCAGUCAGAAUGCACAUCUAGUUCAACACCUGAGAGUUCAUACUGGAGAAAAACCUUAUGAAUGCAAAGUGUGUAGGAAAGCCUUCAGCCAGUUUGCUUACCUUGCUCAGCAUCAGAGAGUUCAUACUGGAGAGAAACCCUACGAAUGUAUUGAAUGUGGGAAGGCUUUUAGCAAUAGAUCAUCUAUUGCUCAACACCAGAGAGUUCAUACUGGGGAGAAACCUUAUGAAUGUAAUGUUUGCGGGAAGGCAUUUAGCCUUCGUGCAUACCUUACUGUACAUCAGAGAAUACAUACGGGAGAGAGACCCUAUGAAUGUAAAGAAUGUGGGAAGGCCUUCAGCCAGAAUUCACAUCUUGCUCAGCAUCAGAGAAUUCAUACUGGAGAAAAACCUUAUAAAUGUCAGCAAUGUAGGAAAGCAUUCAGCCAGAUUGCCUACCUUGCUCAACAUCAGAGAGUUCAUACUGGAGAGAAACCCUAUGAAUGUAUUAAAUGUGGGAAGGCUUUUAGCAAUGAUUCAUCCCUUACUCAACAUCAGAGAGUUCAUACUGGAGAGAAGCCUUAUGAAUGUAAUGUUUGUGGAAAGGCAUUUAGUUACUGUGGAUCCCUUGCCCAACAUCAGAGAAUUCAUACAGGAGAGAGACCCUAUGAAUGUAAGGAAUGCAAGAAAACCUUUAGGCAGCAUGCACAUCUUGCUCAUCAUCAGAGAAUUCAUCUUGGGGAGUCCCUCUCACCACCCAAUCCAGCCAAUCACCAAGUCCUGUAGACUAUCCCAUAAAUACUUCCAGAAAUGAUAUUCUUUUUUCCAUCUCUAAUGUUGACAUCCUAGUCUAAGGUUCAUCUCAUCUGGAUCACUGCUAUAGCUUUCUAACAGGUCUUCCUGUAUUAACUUUUGGUUCUCUUGAGUUCAUUUCCCACCAUGAACCCAAACUGAUCUUUUUUUGAAGUGUAGGAAUAUAUACAUCACUGCCUCCAGUUAAAAGUUUUUUUGGCUUGCUAUUGUUCUCAAGUUAAUAUCCACAGUCUUUAAAACUGUAUGAGGAGCUUCAUUAUCUGGUCCUUAUAUACCUUUCAGCCUUAUUUUAUUCUAGUCUCCCUCUCUGGGCACUAGGCACUUCCCAGGACUAAGAGCUUAGAUUCUGGAAAAUCAUAGCUCUACCACUACUGUGGCAUUGUGUGACUUUGAGUAAUUUGCUUGACUUAUCUAAACCUCAGGGCAUUCUUUAAUUCUUAAAAUAGGGAUAACAAUGAUACUGCAUUGUAGAAAUGUGAGUAUUAAGUGAAAUAGUGUCUAUUGUAGAUUGGUGCAUAUAAAGUAAGAAAAUUGCAUGCAAAGUACUUCACAUAGUACAUCAAAUAUAGCAGAUACUCAAUUAAGUAAUAAUAACUAACAUGUAAAGAGUGCACCAGGCACUGUUCUACAUACUCAGCAUUUAUUAACUCAUUUACUCCUUACAGCUAAAACGAAUUCCUAAUCAGACAAAGAAGAGCAUUCAUGGGAAGCAGCAGGUCAGAACUGGGAAAAUCUAAAAACUUUAGAAAAUAUGGGGAAGCAUUUGUACUCUAGGUGAGUAACUGAUAUAGACACAAGUAGUAGAACUAUAACACAACCAGUUUUGGGAAGUUUCUAAAGAGAAAGAAUUGGAUAAGCUAAUUAAAAUAAAGAAAAUGAAGACUCACUGAGAAUACAGAACUUACAUUUAGAGCAAGAAAAGAACAGCGAGUAUUGCAAUUAACUCCCCAAACCCAAUAAACACAGAAAUUCAUACUGUACCAUAAAAAGGCAUCAGCCUCAAGUAAUUGUAUGCGUGAAUUGAGGUAAUUCAAAAGCAUUUAAACUGUUCAUGCCAUAGAAAAAGUAUAAAGUUUAUAACUUGUUAUCAAGUGAUUAUAAAAUUAAAACCAAAAGGGGAUUGAGGGAAGGAAACUAUAACCAUACACAUGUAUAUAUAUAUGUGUGUGUUACAUAUAGUUCAUUCAGUGAAUAUUGAGUAGCUACUGUUUGCUACACAUUGAUUUGGACAUGAGGGGUAACAUAAUCAAAGCAACAACCAUGUCCUCAUGGAGUUAAAACAAUAGAUGUUCUAGGUGCAGAAAACUGAAGAGUAAUAAAUUGAACAGUAUUAUAUAGGCUUAAGCUGAAAAGACUCAAGAUAAUAAAGUUAUCAGUUAUUCCUAAUUCACAAAUUCACUGCAAGUCCAACCAGAAUUCCUCAAUGGGCCUUUUUUCCCUUUAUUCCACUUUGUUUUGAAAUUCAUCUUUUUAAGUGUGAGUUCUAAAGAACAGCAGGAAAAUUACUGAACCUGAUUUCUUUAUAAGAAAUUUUACAUAUGAUAAAAUGGUUUACACCAGUAGAGAAAGGUUGGAUUUGAGGGUGUUAGAAUAGCUGACAAUAUAUAUCACAGUAAUAAGAGAAACAAAGUAAACUAUAAUGAACUAUUUCAAAAUCUUCAUAUUAACAUAAGCAUCACAUUACCAAUUAGUGAAAAGAUGUGGAGCAAUAGGAAUGUUCUUUCACGCAGUGCAGUUGAUAAUAGUUUUUUAUAAAGGAUAAUCUGUCAGUACCUAGUCAAGUUGAAGAUACGGAUACUCGCUGACCCAGCCAUUCCACACUUAAGCCUCUACAGACCCCUCUCCUCAUGUAUUUAAGGAGAUGUACAUGAAGACGCACCUCAUUGUUUGUGAGAAUGAAAAGUUUAAGGCAAGCAAAAUAACAUUAGAGUUUAAAUAAGUUAGAGUUAAAAUGAAGAACUAGAAUACUUCUGUCAACAUGGAUACAUGUCAAUAUCAGAAGUGAACUAGAGAGUAUUUUGUAUGAUAUGGUUCCACUUACUUAUAUAAAAUUUGAAAACAUGCACAUCAAUACCAUGUAUCUUUUUCAUGGCUAAAUACCAUAUGGAAAUAAUGUAAUAACAUUCGUGACAAAAUAAUCAUCAAAUUGUGAUGACCUCUGGGGAGGGAGAAAAAAUGAGACUGAGGAAAGAAUUCAAAGGGAGCUAUCUUUUAAUCAUUUAUUUCUUUAAAAAAAUAAGCAGCUAUGGCCAAUUCUUCUUAAUUGAUAAAGCAGGUUGUGGGCUUUUAUUCUCUGUAUCUUUCUGUAUAUUUAAAAUAUUUCAUAAUUAAAAAAACAUUUAUGUAA